CUUUCCUGUGACUUCCCUGUUGCAUCCAUUUGGGAAAGAACUGCCCGCAAAGGGGUGGUCUGAUGCUGCCACUCGCACCCCACCCAGCUUCGGUCCGAAGCUCGAUGCAUCCGCCGGUUGGACAAAUUCAGGGACCACAGCCUAGAGCCCCCCACUGUUCCUGACGAAGCCCGGCAGUCUGUGAGGUGCUUGCGCACCUCACGCCACCCAGUUGCUCCAGAACACACGAAUCGCGCCUUGGCGGCGCCUCUUCAGCACAGCCUAGCAGCAGUAACCUACCAACGUGCAUCAUGCAGACAUCAGCGCAUUCCCUCGUCAUGCUCCUAUUGUCGGGGAGCGGCGACCGGCCCGCAAUGACCGCAUAUUUUCGGCGAAAGAAAAGAGAUAAAACGAUCCAGCGUCGACGGGGCUCCUCGCAAUAGCAAGCGUUUGCAUCGCACUCAACUCAGCAUCGAGAAAAACAAGGCAAAAAUGUCAGCACACGACAAAAAGUUCACAGUCGGCGACUAUCUCGCCCAGCGCCUGGCCGAGAUUGGCAUCUGCCAUCAUUUCGUCGUGCCGGGCGACUACAAUCUCAUUCUCCUCGACAAGCUCUCGGCCAACCCCAACCUGACCGAAAUUGGCUGUGCAAAUGAGCUCAACUGCUCCAUGGCCGCCGAGGGCUACGCCCGGGCCAACGGCGCCUCCGUCUGCGUCGUCACCUUCAGCGUCGGCGCCCUCUCGGCCUUCAACGGCACGGGAAGCGCCUACGCCGAGAAUCUGCCCCUGAUUCUCGUUAGCGGAUCUCCAAACACCAACGACGCCGGCCAAUUCCACAUCCUGCACCACACUCUGGGCAAUGGCGACUACACGUACCAGUACGAAAUGGCCAAGAAGAUCACAUGUUGUGCUGUCGCGGUUGCCCGCGCCGAAGAGGCCCCGCGCCUGAUUGACCGCGCCAUCCGGCACGCCCUCCUGGCGCGCAAGCCGUGCUACAUCGAGAUCCCAACCAACUUGGCUGGCGCCUCUUGCGUGCGGCCGGGACCAAUCAGCGCCGUCACCGACUACGUUGUCAGCGACCCGGCCGCGCUUGAAGCUGCCGGCAACUGCGCCUCUGAGUAUCUUAGUGGCAAGCUGAAGCCCGUGAUCCUCGUCGGGCCCAAACUGCGACGGGCUGGAGCCGAGGCCGAACUGCUCCGGCUGGCCGAAGCAAUGGGGUGUGCCGUCGCUGUGCAGCCCGCGGCCAAGGGCAUGUUUCCUGAAGACCACCCUCAGUUUGUCGGGAUCUUCUGGGGCCAGGUCAGUACAGGCGCAGCCGAUACCAUCGUGCACUGGGCCGACGCUCUCAUUUGCGUGGGAACCAUCUUCAACGAUUAUAGCACCGUCGGCUGGACCGCCGUUCCCGAUAUCCCCCUGAUGGCCGCCGACAUGGACCAUGUCACCUUCCCAGGCGCCCACUUCAGCCGCGUGCGGCUCCCCGAAUUCCUCGGUCGCCUUGCCGAGCAGGUGUCCUUCAACGACACAACAAUGGUCGAAUACAAUCGCCUACGGCCAGAUCCCCUGCACCUGCAUGUCGCCGCCCCCGAGGACGCGCUGACCCGAAAGGAGAUCUCGCGACAAGUGCAAGACAUGAUGGGUCCCAAGACGUCGUUGUUUGUCGAAACAGGCGACAGCUGGUUCAACGGGAUCCAGCUCAAGCUGCCGCAAGGCGCGCAGUUUGAGAUUGAGAUGCAAUGGGGCCACAUCGGCUGGUCCAUACCAGCGUCAUUCGGCUACGCCCUGCACUACCCGGAGCGGCGGACCAUUGUCAUGGUCGGCGACGGCUCGUUCCAGGUCACGGCGCAGGAGGUGUCGCAGAUGGUGCGGUUCCGCAUCCCCAUAACCAUCAUCCUCAUCAACAACCGCGGCUACACCAUCGAGGUGGAGAUCCACGACGGCUCGUACAACAAGAUCAAGAAUUGGGAUUACGCCAUGCUUAUCAGGGCCUUCAACAGCACCGACGGCGACGCUAAGGGCCUCGUGGCUAACACGGCGGGCGAGCUGGCCGAGGCGAUCGCUAUCGCGGCUAAGCACGAUGGCGGCCCUACCCUGAUCGAGUGCACCAUCGACCAGGAUGAUUGCAGCCGAGAGCUGAUCACGUGGGGCCACUAUGUAGCCUCCGCCAAUGCCAGGCCGCCGAGACACCAGCGUGAGGACUGAUGCUUGGGGAUUUACCAGGUUCUGUGUAAUAUGGGUUUCCGUAUUGGUCGGCGUUUAAGGGAAGGGGAAUACUGGCAUAGUUAUUAGAAUAUGACAAGGCUGAGGUGUAGAUGUCGUGAUAAUGGGUUUGGCCAGCCGUAGAGUCCUAGAUUGGAAACAAUUAGACAUCAAGGCAUGAAUAUUAAACGAUAAAGUUACUUCCA